AUGGCCAAGACUGACCCCAAGGCCGUGCAGGAUCUCACCUCGGUGGUGCAGACACCCCUGCAACAGAUUUUCCGGAUGGUGGUGGCGAUAAGUGGGUGGUUUGCAGGUCAACUUCCACUAGUCAUUUACUCGGUGGUGCAGACACCCCUGCAACAGAUGCAAGAUAAAUUUCAGACCAUGUCCGACCAGAUCAUUGGAAGAAUUGAUGACACGAGCAGUCGCAUUGAUGACCUGGAGAAAAAUAUCACAGACCUCAUGACACAGGCUGGGGUGGAAGAGCUGGACGGUGAAAACAAGAUCCCCACCACACAGAAGAGUUGA